CGCAGUCAAAACACGGAAGUAAACAUCUGGUACUUGGGUACACACAUGUUUUGCACUAAAUUUGAGUUUACCUGGCAAAUGUAUUCAUUUCUUGAUGUACUGUUGUAUUAAUUGUUGGGAACUUAUCGAACUUUCGCUGUUGUUGACAAGAGCUUGGCAUUUUACCUCAAACAAAAGAGGUUAUUGUUACAUGUGAUUACAUAUUUGAUGGACUUUAGAGUCAAUAGUACAAUGACCUAGGCGCUGUUAUUUCUGUAUUAUAACGUUAUUUAUUAGAGAGUAUGAAGUCGUUUAAAUCUCCAGGACGUCAUGGAUAUGCGGUGGAGGUUUCACCUUUUGUCGCUUCUACUGUCGCCUGUGCUUCCUCUCAGUAUUAUGGAAUAGCAGGAUGUGGGACACUUCUUGUGCUGGAGCAGAGAGAAGCAGAUGUUUCACUUGUGAGGAGUUUUGACUGGAAUAAUGGCCUAUUUGAUGUGACGUGGAGCGAGAACAAUGAACAUGUGCUGGUGACGGCAGGAGGUGAUGGAUCUUUGCAGAUCUGGGACACGGCCAACCCGCAAGGUCUUCUCCAGGUGCUGAAAGGGCACACACAAGAGGUGUAUUCAGUAGACUGGAGUCAGGCACAGGGAGAGAACCUGGUGGUAUCAGGAUCUUGGGACCACACGGCAAAAGUGUGGGAUCCGGAGCAAUGUCAGUUAGUGAGCUCCCUGCAGGGUCAUGAGGGUGUCAUAUACAGCACCAUCUGGUCUCCUUAUAUCCCAGCAUGCUUUGCUUCAGCCUCAGGGGAUGGGACACUGCGAGUUUGGGAUGUGAAAGCGGGAUCCUGCAGGCUGGCCAUUCCUGCACACAGGGCUGAAAUCCUCAGCUGUGAUUGGUGCAAAUACGACCAGAAUGUUCUGGUCACUGGAGCCGUGGACUGCAGUCUCCGUGUGUGGGACUUACGGAACAUCCGAAAUCCUUUAGCUCAAAUGAUGGGCCAUUCUUACGCCAUCCGCAGAGUAAAGUUCUGCCCUUUUUACAAGACCGUCCUCGCAUCCUGCUCAUAUGAUUUCACAGUCAGAUUCUGGGACUACUCCAAGAACCAGCCACUGCUGGAGACACUGGAGCACCACUCAGAGUUCGUGUGUGGCCUGGAUUUCAACCUGCACAUCCCCAACCAGGUUGUGGACUGCUCUUGGGAUGAGACUGUAAAAGUCUUCACCCCUUCAUGCCUGGCCGCCCAGUAGGAGUUGAUGCACCAGAAAGAUGGGUCCGCAAGGCACGGGGGAGUCACGGCUCUGUUUUAAUCACAGGUGCAGACUUUGCCAAGAUUUCACUGCAGUUUUCCUAAUGACGCUAUUAAAGGAGAACCCGUGGGACGCAUCGGGAUCAUUGCAUCGGGAGCGCGGUACAGAGGACGGGGAAUCUCGUGCUGUCACUGAGUGUGAAAACUGCUCGCUUUCAGGAGUGUGAUGUUAUUAUAGUGUUUCUUAAGUGUAAAAUCAAACUAAGUGAGUUUACCUUGAACAGUGAGUGCCUUAUUGUUGUCUAAAGCUCAGUGGUAAAUUAUGUAGUACGUAUUGUUGU